AUGGCUAUGCUUUACCUUUGCUUAAGCUUAACUUUAGUAUUAAAAAAUUCCUUUCAUUUGCAGAUAAAUCUAUAUCUCUCACAGCUUAUUAUUUGUCCUCUUGUUAUAAUAGCUAAAAAAUAGUCAUUCGAAUAUUAUAAAAGCAGAUUAGUUUAGAAAUUAGAAUUGCCAAGGAAAGGCGGCUUUCACGGAUCUGAUACAAUAUGA